GAGCAGAGCAGUGCGAAGAAGAAGAGCCACAAAAACGCAAGACUGAUGAAAAAAGUUUAGUCACGGAAAGGGAGGAGAGUGUCAGGCCAUCCGCGCGACUAGAAAACACGAAGAAAUUGUAAGUUUUUUGGACCCGGCGGAUACGGGAAUCGCUUCCGGUGAUGCGGUGCUAGUUUUUCGUUCGGUAUUGAAUCGAUUGGUGGCGUGAAAUUUGUCCGGAAAAGCGGAUUAAUUUAGUGGCUGCGGUGCGUGCGUGUGUGGAGUGUGAAAAAGGCACAGUGGAGUGAGAAGCUUCAUCGCCACGCAAAAAGGGUACAAUCCGACGUACACCGCGGCGGCGGACCAGAAAAGUUGCAAAAGGAGUAAAUUCGGUUCGUCUGCAGAUAGAAGCGUACCCUUCGAUUGAAACAUCCGGAGGAGACUUAUUAGCAGCAGCCCACAAUGGCCUCCACAACUAGUGUUGUGGUACCGCGUAACUUUCGACUCCUGGAAGAGCUGGAAGCAGGUCAAAAAGGCGUUGGCGAUGGUACCAUUUCCUGGGGCCUGGAGAACGAUGACGAUAUGACACUCACUCACUGGACUGGCAUGAUCAUUGGUCCUCCUAGAACACCCUACGAAAAUAGAAUGUACUCAUUGAAAGUGGAAUGCGGGGAUCGUUACCCAGACGAACCACCAACGCUUAAAUUUUUGUCAAAGAUCAACAUUAACUGCAUUAAUAGUCAAAACGGAGUGGUCGAUCACCGGAUGGUUCCAGUGUUGAACAGAUGGAACCGUGACCAUACCAUUAAGACCAUUCUUCAGGAGAUCCGUAGGAUUAUGACGUUAAAGGAAAAUUUAAAGUUAACACAGCCACCGGAAGGAAGCUGCUUCUAGUGGCUUUAAGCGUCGGGUGGGAUUUAAAAAGAAGGCAUAAUAACCCGGAACCCAGAAGAAACGUUAUACAUCGUAGUACUCUACUCUUACUGCUGGUUUUUGAUCGUUUUGCGUUGUCUCCGUCACCAUUGUUAAUGUGGAUGCUGGACAGUAAAUCUGUAAAACAUCCGUCUGAAAUAAACGAGAAAUUACCGCAAUAUCUAUUAACUACCACAGUCUACCUUCACAGGGCGGAAAGAAUUAUCAGUCGAGAGAAAAAUAGAAACAUUCUGUUUUGAAUUCUAUACACCUUCAUUUAUUUUGAACCUAGCUCUCAUCUUUGCUACAAUUCAUCAACUUUUCCUAUUUUUCUUAAUUCGUUACUUUGAUUGGAAGCAUAUAAAAAUGGGUAAAACAAAACCCACUAGCGACAAGAUUCUUGCUACAGACGUCACCAAACGAAUAAUUUAGCAAAAACAUAGUGAAACACCCACUCAGAUGAACACUUUUCCUACUAAUCCUAUUAUAGAAAGAGAUGAAGACGCAAGCAAAAUCUGUUGAUGAGGGGCUGGAAACGGGCAAUGCUUAAAAAUAUUGUAAUAAACUGCUAAAUAAUGAUGGUAAACCUACAACAUGAUUCCAUACUGUUCGCAUUGUUGCCGGCGGCGCUGAUAAUUUUUAUUGAUCGAUAUCAAAUGCUUACUCUGACGGAGGGGAAAGAUAAUAACAGUUCAGACUAACUACUACUGUUGAAGGACGAAGAAAGGUCAAUAAAAGUGAAUGCUAUUCUAAAAAAAACCAGA